AAGACAUCACUUUCACUCCAUAGCGAGAGAGACCGCAAAGCAUCCGACACUGGGCUGGAUUUUCAAGUUUCGACAUGCGGACUUGCCUCGGAAGUCGGGAAAUAUGCGGUUCGGAGGUGGAUCUGGUGGACCAUAUUUCCCGUGAACAUUCCCUGAAUUGGUCUCCGCAGGCCCGUUGGCAAGUUUUCGCCAGGUUCCCUGGGAUUCCACCAGGAAACCGUUACCCAAAUGGAAUCACAGCCGUGAGUGGUUUUGGUUUGCUCGCCUCAGCAUUAAUAAUGCCAGGGCAAUAAGAUAGAAAUGGGGCCUUUAUAAGGCACAUCGCGCCUUUUCUAGACCUCGAUCCAUCCAUAUUUCCUCUAAAAAAUUAUAUCUUUGUAUCUCCCACAAUGAGUGUUACGUACGACGUUUUCCGUGGCUCUGCCGAGGGCCGCAUCGUUGCGGGCAAGGCGACGUCCACCCUCCAGCACAACGAAGUCUUCAUUGAGACCACCCACUCUGGUCUUUGCGGUACAGACGAGCAUUACCUCAAGUCUAACCAGGUGCUCGGCCACGAGGGUAUCGGAAUCGUCAAGGUUCUUGGCCCCGGUGUCACCUCCGUGAAGGUUGGAGAUCGCGUGGGAUUUGGGUAUACCCACAGUGUCUGCACGUCUUGUGACCACUGCGUUACCGGUUGGGACCAGUACUGCGAGAACCAGAAGCAAUAUGGCUUCCACGACUUCGAGAACGGCACUUUCAGUUACGGUGCGGUCUGGGACGCCAACUGCGUCUACAAGAUCCCCGACGGAUAUGACUCAGCCUAUGCUGCUCCCCUCAUGUGCGCCGGUGCCACUGUGUGGACUGUCCUGACCGAGUAUGGCCUUCGCUCGACUGACCGCGUGGCAAUCAUGGGUAUUGGUGGUCUUGGCCAUGUGGCCAUCAAGCUGGCUGCCGCGAUGGGCUGCCACGUUGUUGUUCUUUCUAGCUCCGAAUCUAAGCGCCAGGAAGCCAUGGACUUUGGCGCCUCUGAGUUCCACGUUUUCCGCUCCGGAGGACCCGUUCCGGAGGGCUUCAAGCCUGUCAACCACCUCUUGCUUUGUGGAAACGCUGGUGUCGAUUAUCCCUCUCUUAUCCCCUUGAUGGCUAUCCAUGGCACAAUCUACCCGCUGACUGUGGCUUUCGAGCCUGCUCGCGUGCCCCUGCUGAACCUUGUCUGGAAGGGUGUUCGGAUCCAAGGAUCGCUGGUGGCCUCUCGUCAGAGUAUCCGCAGCCUGCUCGAGUUCGCGGCUAGGAAGAAGGUCUACCCCACCAUCAUGAAGUUCCCGUUGACCACGGAGGGUAUCGAGGAAGCGAUGCAGACUUUGCGGGACGGAAAGAUGAGAUACCGCGGCGUGCUGGUGCGUCAGGAAUAAGCGGAUGGCCACGAUUUUUCUCUUUUGUUGAAAAUAUACCAUUAGUCACGACGAUAAUAAUGCAGAUAUCACUUACUCUACUCCAGUUGUAUGACUCGAUGGCUCGAAGCGACUCGAAGCUGUGGACCUUAGGCCAGACUGACCGGAAAUGCAAACCCGCCGGCCGAUCGGGUGAGUCCCGGAGUUUCGCCGAGCCGUGCAGUCAAACAAUGCAGACAGGGCAAACAGGGCAAACAGGGUAACCACGGUUGAACCUCGGCCUGCCUCGGCCAUCAUCAACGGAGAUCAUGCUGCAUAUCCCGG